CACUUCGCUCUAGGUCGAAUGGUUGAUAACGAUGCCGCAGUCGGCUAUUCCUUUACUCGAAUCAGUGGCUGUAAAGAUAAGUUAUCCAAUGGAAAAGGAACGUCAAACUUGUAUCUAAACGGAAGUAACAAGGAUAGGCGUCGCUGAUCGUCAUUAUUAAUUACAGGCACACACGCGGAUCAUUUUGUAAGACGUUUUGUCGGCAAUUAAAGUUUCAUAAGUCUUUGCAGCGCCCCUGGGGCAGGGCGGCAAGGGAGUAAAAUAGGGUUUUCUGGCAAAAAGGAGCCUGGCUUAGACCGCCAUUUUUCCUAGAAAGACGUCGAGCGUGCUCGAAGCAGUGGCUCGAAGGUUGAUAUCAACAAUAAAAACAAAAAGUAUAUAGAGUGGGAUGAAUACUUUAUGGGAAUUGCUUUUUUGGCAGCAAAACGUAGUAAAGAUCCCAAAACUCAAGUUGGUGCAUGUAUAGUAAAUGAUGAAAAAAGAAUUCUAGGCGUUGGAUAUAAUGGAAUGCCUACUGGUUGUAGCGAUGAUGAAUUUCCAUGGGGAAAGGAUUAUAAUGAUAAAUUACAAGACAAGUCUUAUUAUGUAUGUCAUGCAGAAAUUAAUGCUGUCUUAAAUAAGAAUUGCAGUGAUGUUAAAAAUUGUUCCAUUUAUGUGGCCCUUUUCCCAUGUAAUGAAUGUGCUAAAGUACUAAUACAAUCUGGAAUAAAAUUAGUUGUGUUCAUGUCUGACAAACAAGCUCAUAAAAAGGAAACUGUAGCUGCAAAAAGAAUGUUUGAUGCAGCAGGUGUUAAAUAUAGGCAAUAUAUUCCAAAAAAUCAACAGAUUGUAAUUGAUUUUUCUGAGGUUGAUAAAAAUGACAAGAUCCAAGAACUUUCAAAAAGACUUGAGAGUAUAUGAACAUACUUACAUAAUAAAAAUAAUAUAAUAAUAAUGUUAAUGUUUAUAAUAAACAGUAUUUUUAUAAUAUGUA